CUAAUGAUUUAGUCAAUCUCACCUUCCCCCUUUGUCCCCUUCUAUUAUCCCAAUACCCGUCUCUCUUAGUAUACUUAUUCUUCGUUUCCACAAACCAUCAUUCUCUCUCUCCCCCUGGCCCCUUUUAAUUCUUCAGAAUAAGUCAUCAAACAUACACAAAACUUGAACAUCGAUCACUACCAAUUAUAUAUAACUUCCUUUUAAAGGAAGAUGGGAUUCAGGUUUGAUUGACGUUACGUUUGUCUAUUGAUCAUAUCAUAAAGAGAUAUAUAUAGUUGCAACUAAUAAUUAAGACAAACCCCGUACGUGAAGACAUCUGAAAAAAAAACGAUGGCUUCUUCAGCAAGAAACCAUCACUACUUGACGAUCGUGAUUAUAACUUGCUUGAUAGCAUCAUCAUCAUCGUCAGAACAAGAACCUGAAUCAAGUAUCCUCCUCAAGUUCAAGUCUUCGCUCGCAAAUGCCACCUCAGCACUUGGAAACUGGGAUUCAAAGGUCCAACUUUGCAAAGGCAACUUUUCCAAUUGGAAGGGAUUGAUUUGCUACAACGGCAAAUUCACCGGUCUCCAACUAGAAUCCAUGGGAUUAUCGGGAACCCUUGACAUCGACACACUUUCUCAAUUGACUUCUUUACGUACUAUAAGUGUUAUGAACAAUAAUUUUGAAGGGCCAUUUCCGGACGUGAAGAAACUUGGAGGAUUGAGAGGCGUCUACUUGUCGAAUAACCGGUUUUCCGGUGACUUGCCGGACGAUGCCUUCGCCGGAAUGAAGUCAAUUAGGAGAGUUUACAUGGCGAAUAAUGGUUUUACAGGAAAAAUUCCGACGUCAUUAUUGGAAAUUCCGAAACUUGUAGAGUUGCAGCUACAAGAUAAUCAGUUUGAUGGUAGCAUACCGGCAUUUGGUCAGCAGGAUUUCCACUUGAAUGUUGCAAAUAAUAGGCUUGAAGGUCCAAUACCAGCUCAACUUAGCAGUCAAAGCUUAAGCUCAUUUGCAGGAAAUGUGAACCUAUGUGGUAAGCCAAUGGCAGCAUGUCCAGCUUCAAGGGAGGAACAAGACAAUCCUCCACGAGGCAACACUUCAAAUAAGAAGAAAGGAAUCCCAAUAGUGGCCAUAAUUCUAGCAGUCAUUGGUGGAUUACUCGUAGGAGCCAUUAUUAUUGCUUUCUUUCUUCUCCGCAGGCAAAGGAAAAGACCAUGUCAGUAUGAAAAAUCAUCAGUGAAAAAUCUAAACAAAUCAGAACCAAAGAAACCUUUGAGAGAAGACAAGUAUGGAAGAAGUGAAAAGGGAAAGCUGUAUUUUGUAAGAAGGGAUAGAGAAAAGUUUGAUUUAGAAGAUCUUCUUAGAGCACCAGCUGAGGUUUUGGGAAGUGGAAGCUUUGGAUCUACUUAUAAAGCAGACGUUAACAUUGGGAAACCUAUAGCUGUGAGGAGAUUUAGGCAAAUGAGUAAUAUGGGAAAAGAAGAUUUUCAUGAACAUAUGAGAAAGCUUGGCAAGUUGUCACAUCCUAAUAUCCUUCCUCUUGUGGCUUUUUAUUAUAGAAGGGAAGAAAAGCUUUUGGUCACUGAUUUUGCUGAAAACGGCAGCUUGGCUAGUCAUUUACAUGGGAAAAGAGGUCCUAAACAACCAAAUCUUGAUUGGCCAAGUCGUUUAAAGAUCAUAAAAGGAGUAUCAAGGGGAUUGGCUUACCUGUACGAGGAGCUUCCAACAUUGACACUCCCACAUGGACACCUUAAAUCCUCCAAUGUUGUAUUAGACCACAACUUUGAGCCACUUCUAGCAGACUAUGCACUUGUGCCAGUCAUCAACAAGGACCAUGCCAAACAGUUUAUGGUGGCCUACAAAUCACCUGAGUACAUGCAAAAUGAACGUCUCACUAGGAAGACUGAUGUCUGGAGCCUUGGCAUCCUCAUCCUCGAGCUACUAACUGGCAGGUUCCCAGCCAAUUAUCUGAAACAAGGCAAAGGUGCAAAUGCAGACUUGGAAGCAUGGGUGAACUCAGUGGUGAGAGAAGAGUGGACAGGCGAGGUUUUCGACAAGGAUAUGAAUACAAAAAUCAAACAUAAUAGUGAAGGUGAAAUGCUUAAGCUCUUGAAGAUUGGAAUGUGCUGUUGUGAAAUGGAUGUUGGAAGGAGAUGGGAUUUGAGGGAAGCUCUAGAAAAGAUUGAAGAAUUAAAAGAAAGGGAUACUGAAUAUUUCUUCUAAUUAUGCCAUCACUGAUGAGGAUUUCUCCUUUACUAAGAAGGGUUAAACAAUUUGCUUUGAGAAUUAAAUAUACACAUUUAUACUUACAAUUCAAGGAGUUGUGAAAGGUAGAAUUUUGUGUAAAAACCAAAUCAUUUUCUUUUUUAUUAAAGGUAUUAGAUAUGUGAAAGUUCGAAAUUAAAGGAAGCUCAAAUCCCAUGUCUUCGUGGAUACUUUUUUUUCUUUUUCUUUUUCUAUUGGAUUUUAUAUAUAUGGAUACUUUGUAUGA